GUCAGCCUCUGUUCCACAAGACUUUUUGAAUAUACUCUUUGCUGGAAUCUUUGAAGGUUACACGUUUCUAACAUGUGGCUCCCUCUGCUGGUGGUUGUGUCAUUGCUGAUCCUCCUCUUCAGAUGGCACAGACAGAGUCAGAUCCUACAGAAUCUCACAGAUAAAUAUGUUCUGAUCACUGGAUGUGAUACAGGAUUUGGGAACCUGCUGGCGAAGCAGUUGGAUCGGCGAGGGAUGAUAGUGUUGGCAGCUUGUCUGACAGAGAAAGGGGCCGAAGAUCUAAAGGAGGAGGCUUCCAGCAGACUGCAGACGGUCAUCCUGGAUGUAACUGAUAUUCAGAGUGUAAGCUCUGCUGCCAAGUGGGCUGCUAGUAUUGUAGAAGAUAAAGGACUAUGGGGCCUAGUGAAUAAUGCAGGGAUCGGAUCUCCAAUGUCUCCCAAUGAAUGGCAAAAAAAGGAAGACUUUGCUAAAAUGCUGGAUAUAAACUUGAUGGGUUUAAUCGAUGUAACACUGAAUUUCCUGCCAAUGAUCAGAAAAGCUCAAGGACGCAUUGUUAAUGUUUCUAGCGCUAUUGGAAGAAUAGUGGUAGUUGGUGGAGCAUACUGCAUCUCAAAAUCUGCUGUAGAAGCAUUCUCCGAUAGCAUACGAAGGGAAAUGCGUGAUUUUGGGGUCAAAGUUUCCAUCAUAGAACCUGGUUGUUUCAAAACUAGAAUUGUUGCAGUUGGGCCACAUUUAAAGGCCCUGCAUCAAUUAUGGGAGAAUACCAGUGCAGAGAUAAAGGAGUCAUAUGGAGAACAGUAUUUCCAGCAAUAUGCUGAGAAUUUAGAAUUACUAAUGGGCUGUGCCAAUCCUAAAUUGACUGGAGUCACAGACUGCAUGGAACAUGCUCUCACUGCCGUUUACCCCUGGACACGAUACUCCCCUGGCUGGGAUUGCAAGUUCUACUACAUUCCUGUAUCUUACCUUCCCACAGUCCUCUCUGACUAUUUAUUAUGCCGCUCUGCACCCAAACCAGCUCGUGGGAUAAUGUAACCAUUCACUUAGAUUUGUAACACUGCGUGGAUAUAAAAAAUGAUGAGUAAAACUUUAAAUAUAUUACAAUUCUUACUUUGCAAC